GAUGAAGAGCGCCUUGCGGUCGCAGUAGGGACUUCAGACCUCAUCGGCGCUUCAACGCACAGACCUCCGCGGUCUGAGACGCGAACAGGGAGAGAAAACUAAAACCAGACCGUCCUCCCGGUCGACCCAUACAGCCUCCGGAGGGCUCAUGGAGAGCGGAGCCCUGCUUGUCCGAACCGGCGGCAGCUUGAUCGGAUGCCUUUCACCACAUCAGCGCCGUUAGAUGAUUUCCAUUCGGGAUUAAUUGGUUGAUCAAUGGCUUCCAAACAUGCGCUGCUUCGCAGAGGCGCCCGCGGGGAUGAGACGGCGGUGAAGCCGACGGGAUGGAUUCGGGACGCGGGGAUGGUGGCCGUCUGUACGCCGAAGAGCUGGAGGUGGUCCAGGACUCCGAGCGGGAUCAUCAUCGGGGCGCUCCUGGUUCUGGUGAUGCAGAGCUCUUUGGCCGCUGAACCUGAGGAAGGCCAUUAUGUGUCAAUGAAGAACAGUAACAUACCUCUGGACCCCACAGUGCCCCCAAUCCUGACUCCUGGAUUUAGAGACAGAGACGGCGUUAAAGAUGUUGCUCCUGGAGCAGGUCCUGAUGCUGAACUCAGACGUUGGCCUGAGGGAAAAGUGUUUGCCGAGGCCAAAACUGCAAUCUGGACAGAAACGCAGGAAGGAGUGAGUGCGGGAGCACAUGGAAAAGUCUUUGCAGAGGCUGGGAUUAUGACGGAAACUCGAGCGUGGGCUGAAGCGGGAUGGAGGCCGGUCCACACAGAGGAGGAAGCGCUGCCAAGCGUGCCCGAAGAUCCAGCUCCCAUGCUUGUGCAGGAGAAGCUGAGGACAAGUGGAGAGGUCCAGAGGGAGCAGGCGGCCCUUUCAUCAGUACUCAGCAUGCUGACUGAGACGACAGAGCUGCAGACUCCAGCAGUCAGAAAACCUUUAGGGCUGCUGUCUAAAGCGGCUUGGUCUAAAAGCUCUUCUUCAUCCAAGGCCUUAUCUUCCUCCACAACAAAAGCAUCCUCUCUUCCCUCCUCUCCAUCCAGUAAAAAACUGAGUCGGACUCCACCAUCCACCAAUUUGUCUGUGGUUAUUGGAAACAACAACUCCUCAACCAACUAUAGUUUGGAUGAAUUAGUGAGCGGCCUACCAGCGUGGGAUCUUCCCACUGUACCUGAAUCUCACCUGUCCACAGUGGGUGACCAUGAUAUCACACUUCCUCCCAAUGUAACAAGCCCUUUCUCCACCCACCAGUGGAAUACCACCAUGCCUGUGCGUCCCAGGAUCCCCAUACAGAACACAACUACAGCAGCCACGACCAUAAAGACAACCCCAUCGACAACCACCACUUCAACUGUGUCGUUUUCUACCACAAAGAGAACAGAAACGCCACCAGAAACCAUCACAGCCCAAAAUAACACCAGCCAGGACACUGUGACCGAUGGCAGCCUUCAGCUGACAACAGUAACCACAACAACACCCUCAACGACCACCUCUACUGUUAAUAGCGCAGAGAUGGCAACACAGGAGGCAGCGACUCCUGGGAGCACAGAGGCGUCUCUAUCGAACAUAACAGCUGCUGCACCCACAGAGGAAACAAGGCUCUUCGUCGCAACAACCGCGACUCUUCCAACAACGACCUCUACGACCAUGCCAGCCCCCACUACCACCACCACAGUUACUGUUCCCCCAACUACUACAACCACCACCACCACAACCACCACCACCACUCCAGCUCCCACUACAACCACCACUGCCUCAACUACUACUGCUGCUCCCACUACCACGACCACCGUCACCACUUCAACAACUACAACUACCACCACCACAACAGAAGCACCCACCACCACUAUGCUCAUCCCAGUUCAAACUACACCACUUCUGACAACAACCACACAAAGUCCCUCCACCACCAGUGCUGAGGAAAUGCCUCUCCCAUGCAAUGUGACGGAGAAGUUCUGGGUCAAAACAGUGUUGUCUAUGGAGCUGCGCAGGAAUCACCUGGACCUGAUCCUAAAGCAGAACCUUUCAAAAGGACUGAGCCAUGCUCUGCAGAGAGCCCUGAAUGACUCCAAAGCCUCUGCACAGGUGGAGCGAGACGACUGCAGCCCAAACAACCUGACUCUGGGUUACUACGUGACCAGCGGGAAAACUGUCUACGUUUCCUCCAUGGUUGUCGAAGCUCUCAAUGUUUACGGCUUUGACAAACUGCUGUCUGACAUUAGGCAGCACACCCCGCUGGUCAAGGCGGUUCUGGUUCCCGUGGCGACCUGGAUCAGCUCUCCCCACAUUCACCUACAGCUCAAAACAGUGUUAAGAUUUGUUGGACCUGCAGACAACAUCUACUCGUGCAGUUUUGUCCAGAUGCUGGAGCAGCGGCUUGAGAAUGCCUUUGAAGAGGCUCAGGAUAAAGUGUUGGAAACCUACAACAGACUCACAGUGGAGAUCCAGAGUGUUUCUCAGGAGUCUGGCUCGCCCUCGGUUACGCUGGUGUAUGUGGUGAAAAACCAGGAUGCAGUUCUUAAUGGGACAAUAUCCAGUGGGCUCCUCAACCAGCUGACUGCAGAGCUAGUGGGAUACUUCCUGUUCUAUCCUCCGCUAGUGAUAGCUGAGCCUCUUGAGUACCACAAUCUCAACACAUCCACAGCAACCAGGAGCUACUGGGUGAUCACAGUGAUCCAGGAUGUGGACACCUCCUCCUUGGAGGCCAACUACCAGAGCUUCGCCAGUCUCAUGGAGCAGCGGCUGGCUGAGCUUUUCCUCGUUGCUGGCAGGCAGGGCUCUCGGUCCAUGAGGUCCCGGCGGGCCACGUCUGUGGGCGGCUACACCGUGCAGAUGGUGAGCAUGCGACGGCUUCCAGGUCCAAAGAACCCAGCAGAGAUGACCUACUAUGCUCAGCUAAAUGGAUCCCCCAUCACAGGAUCUGCAGCUGCAAAGACUCUCAGCAGUCUGGAUUCCCAGACCAUGGCUCUGACACUGGGAUACUUUGUGCAAGUGCAGGCCGAACCUGUGGUGAAGACACCACCCAGCAACCUGUGGAUCAUGGCCGUUCUCACGCCUCUUUUCUUACUGAUGGUGGUGAUUGGAAUGGUGGCCUUCAUCCUGUGUAAAAGAAACAGAGUCAUUUUUAAAUCUGGUGCAUUUAGGACCUUCAAAACCCGCUCCAAGACGUCAUAUCGAAGGGAAGGCAGUUACCACCACCAGCCUGUACAGGGCUUUGACUACGCCAAGAAACACCUGGGUCGAACUGGUGAUGAGGCUGUCUCUGUUACCAAAGAGACGUUGGUGUUGGGCCUUGCUGUUCGAGAUGCUCCGCUAUCAAUGUCUCUGGAUAAGAAGGUUCAUCAGGAUGGGACUGCAAAUAAAAGACCUCCAUCAGCUGAUGUACACAAAGGAGGACGGUUGCCAAGUGAGGAGGAUGGUUCAGUGUCGAGUAACAGCUCAGGGAAGCUGAACACCAGCAAAAGCUCCUCGGCCCGGAGAACCGCAACAGGCAGCAGCAUCAAGAACGGCAAGGAGGAGCUGCACAAGAGGAGCAACACUGAACCAUAUGAGGACCAUUCAGGCUCUCUGCGUCUCAUCACCAUUAAACCCAUGACGGCCCAGCCCACCUACUCCUAUCCCUCCUCCUCCUUACACAGCCAGGACUCCGUGGUCGUCAACGGGGAGGCAAACCACGUUGGGCUGAAGCAGAAGUCGGACAUCGAGCACUACAGAAACAAACUGCGUCAAAAGGCUCGAAGGAAGGGAUACGGAGAGUUCUCGCUCUCUGAGAGUCUCAACCAUGGUUACAGUCACCGUGACAGCAGGCACAACCGACAUGAUGGCGGCAUCAAACCGCCCAUGACCGCUGAGGAGAAGAGGGCCUCUUUUGCAGGAUGUCAUAAGAGGUACUCCCACCCACGAGAGCCCACCUACUGGAGCCGUCAGUCUCUGAGCAGCCCCAGCCCAGUGGAGACAGAGAUGGACCUGCUGGUGCUGAGGGAGCGAUCCAGGAGGGGGAUCCGAAAUAACGGCUACGACGGGGAAGCAGAACCGUUUGAGGAGACUAACAUGGACCGUCUGAUGAGCUCUCUGGGUUACGGAGGAGGAUCCACUGGAACCGGGAACAGCAGUUUGGGGGUGAAAGCUCACCGCGGAUCCGACUCCUCCACACUCAGCUCACAGCCGUCCAUUGACGAGGUCCGCACGCAGAUGCACAUGUUGCUUGGCAACGCUUUCAGCCUGGCGCCUCCGGAUCAUGACCCUCCCUCCCCUCCAACGAACCACCGCCAUCACCACCAUCAUGCCCACAGUGUCUACAACCCCUCCCACAGCAGCCACUACAGUGAUGGUGUGACCAGCGCUCCGGGGACUAUGAACCACCCCUGUGGAAGCAGGCAGAGAAGCGCAGGUUACGAGGACAUGCAUCAAUGUAGCCUGCCUAAACCGGGUUUCCGGUUCACUCAGCUUCCCGAUAUGGGCAUCGGUUCUCCUCCGCCUCUAAUCCCCUCCAGACCGGGACCGCCACCUGGAACCUCAAUACGAUGUAACAGCUCUACCCCCGAUGUGAGUCUGAAGCCCCGUGUGUCUGAAGCAUCAGAUCUGCAGACCCAGCAGCACAACGGCGCCCCCUACCUGCCGCUCUCUAGGACACCGUUCCCUGCUGUCACUGUAGAUCAGUCCAUCAGCACCUACUCAGGAAACCCAAUCACAGCUGUCUAUGCUAUAUCAGCCAACCGUCCGGGUUAUUCAGACUACUUCGUCAUGUCUCCACCGUCCUCAUAUCGGAGUCCCUCCUGGAUGUCCUAUCCACCCGAACCUGAAGAUUUACCACGGCAGUGGAACGACACACCUAACUCUCGCCACCUGGAGACCAUCUGCUGAAGAUGGCCACCGGUGUCACCGAGCAGAAACACUCUGAAUCGGUAUCUCUUUACCACAUAGCUGACCUCUUUCCCUCUGAAGGCACUCUCCGGCUUCAUCGACCCUCGUCUCCUCUGACCUCCGUCUCAUCUAAGAACCUGAGAGCGAAGUUAGUUCCUUUGCUCCAGGAAAUCUUUCACUUUCUUCUCUUUAAUAUCUUUACAAGUGAGACCCUCAGCCAUAAAUUUUGAGCAACCCCUGGCCUCUGUAUUCUGCUCAGGCCCCUUUAACUCUUCUGCAGUGCCCACUGCUGUACAGGCAGAAGCCCCCUACACUGGUUGGUGAAGCUGAGCUGCGCUGAGCUUCCUGCAGUGUGAAAGAACAGAGUGAGUACAGCACAGUGUGACAAACUCUAGCAAUUAUUUGCCAUCUUCCCAGCACACGAUGGCACACAGUUGUCAGUACGUUACUGCCCCAGCAAUGGCCAUUACUACUCCGUGGCACUGGACCAGGCCGGUCUGGACUGGACUGGACUGGACUGGAACUGUCCUGGACUCGAGGUCCACCACAAAGCCAGGAAUGCUGAACUGACGUAAAACUGUGCUUUUUUUUUGAUGAAUUCAAAUUCCUCUGUAAAUCUUAUACAGCUGGUAAAUAUAUGUAUUUUAAACUUGAGUAAGGAAAAAAUUAAGGGAAAAAAGAUGAACAACAACGACAAAAAAAAAUCUCUGAUCCUCAGCUGUCUCAAUUUUAGUUUUUGGAUAUUUGUGUGCUUUUUGUCUUUCUUUUUUUUUUUCGCAUUGAAUAUUAUCAAUGGAUUACUAUUCAAAACAAAACCGUGGGUGUUGCUUAUUCACUCACAAUAUUUCAAGCAAGAAAUAUGCUCCAUUCUUUGAGGCAGAGAAAUCAGCGGCUUAGUUGUACGUGUUAUGAUGGCUUUUCUAUACUUUUGAAAAAUAAUUGUUUAACAUUUUCCUUCAGUAGAUUCAGUAAUGAAAAGAAGAAUUAGUCACAAUGUUCUGUCCAUCAUCUGUUGAUGACGUUUUUGUCCGUUUCUUGUCACUUUGGUCAAACUGAAAUCAUACAACCGUUCUGAGAUUUGUCCUCAACGUUGAGCGCUGUGGAUAACAUGAAUGACGCUUCGUUAGGAUGAUUUUCAGUUGUAGUUUGAACCAAGUCUCCUCUGCUGUGUGAACACAUCAGUAUUCAGCUGUUUUACUUGAAAGUUGUCAACCGUAUUCUACUGUAUAAAAAAAAAAAAAAAAAAAACUCAGACUUUUUGUUACUUUUGUCCAAAUAAGGACGGGUUUAAUAUUUGGAUUGUGUUUUAGGACAUGGUUCAAAAGACUGGUUGGAGCCAGACAUGAUGAGAAUCACAUGCAUUGUUGUAAAUAACAGAUGAUUUAAUGAAGAGAUUUAUGCAAGCAGUGUGGGAAGGAAACUUUGCUGGACAUUAUUCUGAUGCCAUUUUCCUUCUUCUUAGUUUCUUGGUGUUUAUGUUGAAGAAUGGUCAGAGGGUUUUUGUGGCACUCUGGCUUUCUGAAGGCUGCGCACAUUUCAACAUCAUCUGUACUACGAAGCAGGUUUUCUUUUAGAGAUUUGGCAGCUAGAAAUUUGAAUUGGGAUCACUCCUAAUGGAGAUGAAUGCAAUUUGGUAGUUAACGACUUUAUAAAUUGUUAAAACUCCAUAGUAGAAUUAUUAUACAACAUACAAUUUCAAUGAUGUUUUGAAAACAAGAAUAAUCUCUACUUCUGGAUUUUAUCUAAACAAAUAUAAAAAAACAUACAUAAAUUCAUCUAAAUCAUUCAAUAAAUAGUGGUAAAGGGUUUAGAACCUCUUUUAAUUUGAAAACACCAAUGCCUACUAAUGUCUGGUUGUUGCUCAUCAUCAUCAGCCAGUAGUUUCUCUUGGAUUUGACAGAAGUCCUUGGAUUGACCAUUAGUCAGAAAAAUGUGAAAGUCCCAGAAGGAUCUUUAGAAAAGGGAAUUGUUGAUUGACAUAAGUUUGUAGAAUCUCUUUGAACCAUUUUUAAACAACUGCAGAAUCCACCUUUAUGAGCUGAAGAAGCUCUGGGUUUGUUAAAGUUUUUUGGAUGUCACACCACUGCACCAAGAUCUGGAAGAAGACCCGAGCUGUUCCUUUUUAGAUGAAUAAAAAAAUGUCUAGGUUGUGCAUGAACAUCUCAGGAACCAAGUUAUCCUUUCAGUCCUAAGAAAACGUUUCCAACCACAUUGGUGGGCUGCCUCCCUGCAGUGAUGCUGGUGCAUUAGGAAAAGUGAAUGAAAGAAGGGGGCAACAGCCUAUAAAUCCUUCAACUUUGCCUCAAAUCCACAGCGAGGCGUUUUGUACUACUAUAUUAUUGGGUGUUCUUAUAGGACAAUGAUCCAAAUCACAUAAAAAUCUGCUUUUGCAAAGGACAGUGUAGAAUAACACAAAGAUUCUGCAACAAAACACAACCUAAAUCAAAUUGUUUCUGCCUGCAAACCAGACUAUCUAAAAUAGUUUGACAGUUUCUGUACAGUAUCUGUAAAACUGACAUAGCUUCAUCCUUGUCUACCCUGACCACAAAUCUGUUCUUCAGGAGGCAUUUAGAUUGUUCAGGUGGGUCACUGCAGAUUUUAGUCAGACCUAAAGGUGAUGAUUAGGAAACAGAAACUUGUUCUUGGUCUCAGUUCAGUUUGGGUGUUCUUCCAGACAGAAUUAAGCCAGAAGGUUGUUAAUGGCUCAAGUGGAAGUUAAGUGUAUAUUAAUUUGGGUAUAUGUAAAUAUCUAAUGAUGCAUAAAUGGUUAAACAAGAAGAAAGCUUGUAGUACAAAGAACCCUUGAUUUAAACUCAGAAUUUUCUCAAUAAGCAUCUAACCCUGCUUCGUAGUACUGGCCACUGGCAUCUCAUGACAAAACUAACACAACUACUGUCAACAAUAUUCCUGGCACAUCAUCAGCAGUAAUAGCCAUAAAAUAGUGGGAAUAAUGCAAUAUUUUAUUACCGAGAAUAUCUAAAAUGUAUUAUUUUUAGUGAAGAACUAAAAUUCUUUAAGCACUCUGUAUUUACGGCUUCUCAUCAUUUAGAUGUUAGUAAAGGAGGUUAUAGCCAUAUAUUAACAUCCCUUAGUGACCAUAAAACAGUCUUGUGUCAAAGUAAAUGAUACCAAAUAACUGAAAUGCUGAGGCACAAAAUCUGAAAUUAGUAUAUAUACACAGGUUUAGAUAGAUGGUAGGACACUUUUAUUGAAAGGACAAUGUUAACAGAGAAAAAGAGACCAACUAGAGCAAAGCUAAUGCUAUGUGUAAUCUACUGAGCUGCUCAGACUUGAAACUGUAAAGGAAGUCACAAUUAUACAACAGUGACAUUCAGUUGACCUGCAAUAGUGUCUAGCUAUUCAGAGAGAAACAAAACGCGAUCCGAAGGUGUUAUUUUCAUUUUGAUGUUGUGGUCCUAUGAAGUGGCUAGAGAAAGCACUUUGUCUUUGUAAAUUUACACACCUGAAAUCAAAACUGAAUAGAGGGAGUCUUCCUUUUCUUCUUAAUAACAGAUUAAUCUUAGGAUCAGCUCAACAAUAACUUGUAUUGAAUGUCAAUUUUAAAAUUUUGCUAGCUUCUAAAUCUGCACUGAAACCACUGAAAUGGGUGAAAAGAAAGAAAUAAUUGUCAUUUUGAAAUUGCUUUUUUUUUCUUGAUGCUGGCUGUGGAAAUUGCCUUUUUUU